AUGCAGCCACUCCGCGCUUCACUCGCCCUGAUCUGCCAGGUGCUGAGUGCCUGGGCUGCCUGCGCCCUGUCCCCCGCCGCGGCCGCGGCGUUGCCGGCGCUCCCACAGCGCGCCCGCUCGCUGCCAACCCCGACGCCCCUCGCCCAGGGCCGGGGAGCGGCCGCCGCUCUCCCCGGGCGCGGCGGGGCGGCGGGUACCGGGCGGCGGCGGGCGCGGAGCAGCGAGCGCGGAGCCGGAGCGGCGGCGGGGAGGGGCGCGGUGAAUGGCCCCCUCUGGCUGCCCCUGAACGGCUCGACCGGCGGCGAGAGCAGCGCCGGGACCCGCGGCAACGCCACGGGGCGCCGCGCCCGCAUUCGCAACCCCUUCUACCCGCUCACCGAGGAGUCGUACGGCGCCUACGCUGUCAUGUGCCUCUCCGUGGUGAUCUUCGGCAUCGGCAUCAUGGGCAACAUGGCAGUGAUGUGCAUCGUCUGCCACAACUACUAUAUGCGGAGUAUCUCCAACUCACUGCUAGCCAACCUAGCCUUCUGGGACUUUCUCAUCAUCUUCUUCUGCCUGCCGCUGGUUAUCUUCCAGGAGCUCACCAAGAAGUGGCUCCUAGAAGACUUUUCUUGCAAAAUCGUCCCAUACAUCGAGGUAGCCUCUCUUGGAGUCACCACAUUCACACUGUGUGCCCUCUGCAUCGAUCGAUUUCGUGCCGCCACCAAUGUGCAGAUGUAUUAUGAGAUGAUUGAAAACUGCACCUCGACAACAGCCAAGCUGGCUGUCAUCUGGGUGGGCGCACUGCUACUGGCCCUGCCGGAGGUUGUGCUGCGCCAGCUGGCAAAGGAGGACCCCGAGUACAGUGGCAGCCCACCAGGGGAGCGGUGUGUGGUGAAGAUAUCCACCACACUGCCUGACACCAUAUAUGUGCUAGCUCUCACUUAUGAUGGAGCAAGACUCUGGUGGUACUUUGGCUGCUAUUUUUGUUUGCCUACCCUUUUCACUAUUACCUGCUCCCUGGUAACAGCAAGGAAAAUCAGGAGGGCAGAAAAGGCUUGCACAAGAGGGAACAAGAGACAAAUUCAACUGGAAAGUCAGAUGAACUGCACAGUGGUAGCACUGACCAUUUUAUAUGGGUUUUGCAUCAUUCCUGAAAACAUUUGCAAUAUUGUGACUGCUUACAUGUCCACAGGGGUCUCUCGGCAGACUAUGGACCUCCUCCAUCUCAUUAGUCAGUUCCUUUUGUUCUUUAAGUCUUGUGUUACGCCAGUUCUCCUUUUCUGUCUCUGUAAACCUUUCAGCCGGGCCUUUAUGGAGUGUUGCUGUUGCUGCUGUGAUGAAUGCAUCCAGAAGUCUUCAACAGUGACAAGUGAUGACAAUGACAAUGAGUACACCACAGAACUGGAGCUUUCUCCUUUCAGUACUAUCCGCCGUGAAAUGUCCACUUUUGCCUCUGUGGGGACUCACUGUUGA